AUCAAUUCAUCAAGUCGCCGGUUUGACUGGCGUGUAUCCAGUCAGAUCUGCAUACGGGCUGGACAAAUCCUGCACUGCUUCCGUCUUGUUCCUCUUCCUUCCUCUCCGCUGUUACAGGAGCCUACGCAAUCCUUCAUCUCCGGCCUCCAUCGACCCACUCUUCUCGACUGGCGCAUCCCGCAUCCGGUCUUUCGCCUUGCCACGUCGCUGGAUAGAUACAAUGGCAUGGUCUAAGUUGGUCGCCAAGAUCAUUCGCGUUCACAAACUAUUCCCAGAGCAUAGUAAAGGUUCUACAAGUGCCUUUGUCGUGGUUACCUUUGAUUCUCAGCAGUUCCGCACGAGUACCAAGUUUAAGGACGUGAGCCCGUCGUGGAACGAGAGCUUCUACUUCGACAUGUCUGAUGAACAUAAUCUUGAUAAGCUUGCUCUUGAAGCUUUUGUUUAUGGCGUCGAUAAAUCGAUUGAAAGCUCCAGGUCAUUGCUCGGCAAGGUCAGCCUGUGUGUUACGCCUGACUCUACGAGGGAUGUCAUGUAUUAUCCACUACUGAAGAAUGGGGUGUUCCCCCGUGAAGCUAAGGGGGUUUUGGCUCUGCAAGUAUGCAUUACUAACGAGGUUUCCAUCAGAUUUCAAGAACCCAUGAAUAACGGCAUGCGCCCACUUCAGUUUUCCUCAGCAAUGAGGUUGUGCGUGGAGGUAGUAAGUGCUCAUGACCUCUUGCCCAAGGAUGAGCAAGGUUCUGCAAGUACUUGUGUUAGGCUUUCCUUCGAUUAUCACCAGUUCCAGACGACCGUCAAGGAGAAAGAUCUGAACCCAAUGUGGAACGAACGCUUUUUACUUCGAUGUGUGGGAUCCAUCUAGUCUUUCCGAGCUUGUUCUUGAGGCGUGUGUAUACAACGUCAACAGGUCCCUCAAAGGUUCCAAGUCCUCCCUUGGCGUCGUCAGACUGAAUUCGUACUCGUUCUUGAGUUACUCUGAUGACGCUGCAACAUCAUAUCAUCCACUGGAACAGAGUGGAAUGUUCUCGCCACGUGUUACAGGGGGGUUGCGUCUAAGGGUAUACAUCACUAGUGAGCCCUCCAGGGGAGCCCCAAACCCAAUAAGCUUACCGCUGAACCAGAGUUCAGCAUACGCUAUAUCAUUUGAAAUUUUGAAACAAAUGACAAAUAACUUCAGCACUGAGCGAAAACUUGGUCAGGGUAGUUCUGGUGUGGUAUAUAAGGGAGUGCUAAAAACUCGGGAAACGAUUGCUGUGAAGAAGAUUGUGCCAUCAUGGAUGCCUGGUUCGCAGGAACAAUUUCAGAAUGAGGUUUAUCAUCUUAUGAUGCUUAAGCACCCCAAUAUAGUACGAUUUCUAGGCUACUGCUAUGAAACAUGGAAUGAGGUUCAGUUGUGCAAUGGGAAACAUGUUUUUGCGGAGGUGACUGAAAGGUUACUUUGCUUGGAGUAUCUUCCCAAGGGAAGCCUUGAUAAACAUCUAUCAGAUGAAUCUUCUGGACUUGAUUGGAGCACACGCUACAAUAUAAUUGAGGGGAUUUGCUAUGGGUUAUGUCACCUUCACGAGCAAACUGAUACGAAGAUCAUUCACUUGGACCUUAAACCUGCGAACAUAUUGCUGGAUGAUCGUAUGGUACCAAAAAUCACAGACUUUGGUCUGUCAAGACUACUUGAUCAACAACAAACACUUUACACUGAAUCUCGUCAUGGAACAUUUGGUUACAUGCCACCCGAAAUAUUUCAUGGAGGUACAAUUACACCUAAAUCAGACAUAUUCAGUUUGGGUGUAAUAAUCAUGGAGGUAAUAACCGGGCACAAGGACUACCCAGACGUUACUAGAGAAUCUCCAGAUGAUUAUAUCGAGCGUGCACUUACAAAAUGGAGGGUUGUGUUGCAAAUAUCGCCAUGCAACGAGUCUCUAGAAACAUAUUCCAAGCAAAUAAAGAGAUGCAUCCAGGUAGGACUAAUGUGCGUGAACCCUGACCGCACCAAAAGGCCUCCGAUAAUGCAGGUUAUCGAUAUGCUUCAGGGAUUGAAAGAUAUCUCAACAGUAUUAACAAUGUAAUGUCAUCGUCAGGCCCGUGUGGUGAGCCACUGGAUCGAUGCCGCGCGCCUUUGAGAGAAUCAUGCAAGGGGUAGGCGUUAUCUUGGUCGCGCGUGUUACUGACCCUUUGUCAGAGAAUCGUGUAUGUUGCAACCUGCAAGCGUCCCCAGCAAUGCUUCA